AUGAGUGGUCUGUGUCGCUGCUGAGCUCCACUCCUGGAAAACACCUUGAAGUUGCAUUUGCUGCGGCCGAAGUUGUGAUAUUGCAGCCAUGACAUGCUAAUAGACACAUGCAAGUUAGUGGGAGCAGGUCGGAAGAUAACAGAAGAGAGGAGAGAUGGCCAUCGCCCAUGUGGCUACAGAGUAUGUGUUCAGCGAUUUUCUGCUGAAGGACCCGAACCAGGCUAAGUACCGCAAUGUCCGAACUGAGCUAGCGGUGGACAAGAUGGUGACCUGUGUGGCAGUGGGCCUGCCCCUCCUCCUUAUCUCUCUAGCCUUCGCUCAAGAAGUCUCAGUAGGUACUCAGAUCAGCUGUUUUGCUCCUACUAACUUCUCCUGGAGGCAGGCUGCUUAUGUCGACUCGUAUUGCUGGGCAUCUGUACAUACACACACUCUACCUCUGUGGCUGCACAAGUUCUUUCCCUACAUUCUGUUGCUGGUGGCUGUGUUGAUGUACACCCCGGCGUUGUUCUGGAGGUUUUCUGCUGCACCCCUCCUGCAGUCAGACCUCGGCUUCAUCAUGGAGGAGUUGGACCGGUGUUAUAACCGCGCUGUGACUCUGGCCAAACGCAUGGCCACCUCAGGACUGCUCACCCCAGACAGCGACCCCACCGAGGGCUGUUUCAAUUACCCGCUGGUGGAGAAGUUUCUGAUGACCAAGCGCUGCUCACGGUCAAUGCUAUUUUACUACCUGCUGUGUCGCGGCCUGACUCUCAUCACCCUCCUUUGUGCCUGCAUCUACCUGGGCUACUACCUCCGCUUGGCCUCCGUCACAGAUGAGUUUGGCUGCACACUGCGUGUUGGCCUGCUUGCCUCUGACCCAGGCGUCCCCGACAAAGUGCAGUGUAAGCUCAUCGCUGUGGGAGUCUUCUCUUUGCUGAGCAUGGUCAACUUGGUCCUGUUCAUAGCGCUGAUUCCUGUGGUGAUCUAUGCCAGUCUCCGUCCCCUCUUCUGCCAUGGAUAUGCCCGCUUCCUGGAAACCUACCAGUCACUGCCCACUGUGAGCGUGCUGCCCACCCCUGGUGGCCAAUUGGACGAUCUCUCUCUCUAUAUCCUGUUUCUGGAGGAGAACCUCAGCGAAUUGAAGUCCUACAAAUACAUCAAGGUGUUGGAGUUGUUGAGGAGACGUGGCGAUUGCUCUGGAGAAAACUUUGAUGCCAUGGGUCUGCUGCAGACCCUCUGCCUGGUGAAGAUGGACAGUGUGGAUGCGAAUAAAUCUUCCGGUGCUGCAGGGAAACGGGAUCAAGUCAAGACGAAAGCAGCCGACUCUGCCGCCAGCUCCACAGCAGCCAAUGCUGGAGCAGCAAAGAACAGCUGCAACCAUCCGAAAUCAGCCGCAGAUAACGACAGCAAAAUUGAAACUGAGAUGAAAGAGCUCUCUCCCUUGCUGCCAGGAAACUGCGACGUAACAGGCAGUAGAAGCAUCCAGGAGGAGACUCUGCGGCAGCGAGUGGUGUGAUCUGCUGCUGGCAUGGCGACGGAGACCUUGACAAAGGGGUUUCCUGAGGGAAAUAACAUCACCACUAUCCCAUGGUGUAUCCACAAGUCAUGACCUUCCUGUCCUAAUGGAGGGAUGAAAAACAAUGGGAUGGGAGAGUAAAGUACUAUCCUCAUCAAAGUUCAUCUCUUCUUCUAGUCAUUCAUCAAUGUGGGAUUCACAACCACAUGUUUUUGGUCCCUUUGCUUGAAUGUUGUUGUUUUUGGAGUGGUUUAAGGAGCUGUUUUGUUUUGUUUUGGGUUUUUUUUUUUGUCUAAUACAGUGGUUCUCAACCUUUUUCCUUUUUCGUGUUAAGGAGCCCUAAAUUGAUACACAUUAGGCUGCAGACUCCCAUUUGAUAAGAUUUUGCUUCAGAGAUCUCUGCCUAAAAGGAUUUUGGUUCUAUUUCUAUAAUAAUCAACUACAGUUGAGGAGAUAACCAUGAAGGAAGUGAAAUAUAUGAUCAGAAGAAUAACUCUUAUGACUCAUACUUAUAUUGGUCCCACUUCUAUAGAAAAUUAAAUAGUCAAAAUAAAAUAUUCCCUAUUUUUUUCAUCUUUCUGAAGGACCUCUCCUCUGACACAGCACAAAAAAAGAGAGGAAGUGAGCACUGGGUGAUGUAACACUACACACUGGGAGAUGACAGCAAAGUAAAACUCAUGGUGGUACAGAUUACGGGAAUCAUUGAAUGUGUCGAACUAUUAAGGACUUAUCCAAAUAAUUGUUUUGUUAAUGGUUAAAACCAAAUAGAAUAAGAGUAGAACAGACAUUUCCAUUAAAAUCAACAUAGCAGGAUGGUCAGAGCGUUGACAAUGCAGCCGUUUUGGUAGGCUAACUUCUGUAUAUACAAAACGACCGGCGCCAAGUCCUGAAAUCACUGAGGUGAGGUUUAUGGGCUCACAACCAGAUGAUCAGUGGAGUAGUACCUUUUCAAAUAAGCAUUCAUUCAUUCAUUUUAUUCAUUUCAUUCAUUACCCAUACUGCUUAUCCUGUUAAGGGCCACGGGGGGGGCUAGAGCCUA